AUGUCAUCUGAUCGUAACCCAGGCAUACGAUUGCCCCCUAUAUCAUUCUUAUCCAAUCAAUAUCUGCAAAAUUAUCAACAACUGCAACCACAACAACAACAACAACAACUGCCAUUGCAAUCACUGUCAUCACCACAGCCAACAACCACCAAACUAACCUCUGCUUCCAACAUCGGUAUACAGAUGUAUUUGAAUAAUCCAAAUUCUCAAACACCAAACACUGCAUCAUUAUCACCUCCACAGUCUCAUGAUGAUAAUGUAAGCAAAAAACAGGAAACAUUGGCAUCACCACCUCAAAUUCUUUCAUCAGUGAGUCAAAGUCGUCCACCACAACAGUCUCCAGUUUAUUCGCAGUUCACACUACCACAUAUAAGUCAACCACCACCACCACCACCACAAUCUCCACCACAGCAACAGCAACAGCAACAGAAACAACAGCAGCAACAAUCAGCACCAGCAUCUACAUAUCCACAUUCAAUAAUACAGCAGAGUUAUUCACCACCUCAAUCAAGUUUGGAAAACCGUACAGGUCAAGAAUCUGUAGAGUCAAAACCUAAUCAAAUAACAGAACAACAACAACAACAAAAACAAAAACAAGAGAAAGAGAAAGUGCCACAACAAGAACCACUGACUCAAGCACAACAGAAACAAACCGAGGAACAACAGGAGGCACUUCAUUUUCAUCACCACCAUCACAAUCCACACCACCAUCAUCAUCAUCACCAUCACCAUCACCAUCAUCGCCUUGACAACUCUAAUGAAACCACGGCAAUUACAAAUACUACUAAUGGUUCAUCAAAGAGGAAAAUUGAUGAAACAGAACCAGAACCAGAAUCAGAACCAUUAAAACCUCAUCGUCAGAUAUUUAAAAAACGUUCAAUCCCUAAACUCAACUUGAAUCCAAUAAAACAAAUCAUUAAAGAACUUUUCAAUGAAAGACAUUUUUUGGGUACUUUAAUUUAUAAUCCAACAACAACAUGGGAAACAUUACAAACAUCUCAAUUAUAUGGAUUAAAAUCUGAAUUACAAAAUCGAUUUAAUGAAAUCAAACAUGAAUUUAUCAAUCGGAAAAAUCAAGAAUUAGGAAUUAGAUAUAUACCAACUUUACCUCCAUUAUCAUCAGAAUAUAUUAAUAAUAUAAUUGAAAUUAAAAUUCCAUUUAGACAUAUUAUUUUAUUUAAACAAGAUAUAAUUAAUGAAUUAUUUACUCGAGAACUUUGGGGAGGUGCUAGUGGGAUAUAUACUGAUGAUUCAGAUAUUUUACAAGUAUUAAUGCAUUUAGGAUUAUUUAAUAAUACUAUUGAUUUAUCUGUUUGGAAUGAAAAUUGGACUAUAAAAGAUUUAAUUAAACCAUUAAAUUUACAAAAGAAUAAUAAUAAUAAUAAUAAUAAUAAUUCAAAUGUUGGAGUUGGGGUUGAUAAAGAUAUUUAUGGAGAUUUAUCAGUAGAAAUACUUUUAUUACCUAAUUUACCUAAAUAUUAUGGAUUUUAUCAAAAUGGAAUUAAUUCUCGAUCUUGGUUAACUAGUUAUCAUUCAGGAUUAAGUUUUGCUGUAUAUAAUGUUAAAUGGGAGACUAGACAAUAUAAUUUUAUUUAA